GACUUGACGACCUGGCGACAGAGAGCACCUUUGUGUGGGCCGACAGUACGCAGCUGACAGCCGGCAGCCCCAGCGCCUGGAACGCGGUGUCCGGGAACACGGCCUACAGGGACUGUGUCAUGCUGGACGACAGUAACCAGUACCGGUGGGUCGUCACGGACUGCUCCAGGCAGUGGCGACGGUUCAUCUGCCAAUCUGACCUGCCCACAAGUUUCGAGUACCGAAAGCUGGAGGUGAAGUUGACGGAGAUGAAGAAGGCGAUGCCGAGAAGUUUCAAGGAGCUGGGUCUGGACGAACUGCAGAGAGACCUAUCGGAGCUUCAGGCCGUGGAUCUCACCACCCCACCGGACGGGCCGGGGAAGCUCGGCGGGGGAUGGGAGGUGUCCGCCCCGAAGGCCGUGCUGGCGUACGACGCCGGGGACUGUGAGCUCACCUUCGCCUUCUCCGAUCCCGAGAUCAAUGAUCUAGGCUCCGGGAACGCCGCCGCGUCGCUGGGUAGCGUGAAGGAGAAAGUGGAGAGGCUCGGUGAGGCAGUUCCCGCCACGGCCGAGGAAGCUCUGCCCAACGUCAGGGAGCACCUGGCCGACCUCAUCGACAACACCGACUGGGACACCGUGCAAGACGCCCUCCCGGACUCACCAGCUCCGGAUCCCAACAUCACCGCUCCAGUACAAGACGUGGGCGGUCGCGUGGAUGUCCUCCAGCAGAGCAUCGACGCUGACCGGGUCGUGGAGCGCGCGUGGUGGGCAGCCAAGGCCACUACCGCCGUGUCGCUGAACCAGUACUGGUCCUGGGUGUACCUGCCCUGGGGCUGGUGGUGGUGGAACCCCCACGUCAUCAUCAUCAUACACUGCUGCCCGCUCAGGAUCUACAUCAUCAUCCGCUGGCCCUGGAAGUGGUGGCCGUGGUACCACAAUUGUAACUACGGAUGGACCCGCUGGUACGACCGCGACGAUCCGACCGUGACUGGCGACUGGGAGACGCUGACUAACCUCCGUCAAGAAAACCCCGGAGAGAUCUGCGACAACCCGUCAGGGAUCGAGGCUCGGGUGGUGGGGACCGGCACUCCUGCGGCGCAAACCGGAGACACCUUCCUCUUUUUCAACGUCUUUUCAGGGUUCGCCUGUACACCCACGACCUGUCAGGACUACGAGGUGCGCUUCUGGUGCCCGCAGCGCAGUUUCCACAUCCCCUGCGACUGCCCCGGCUGGACCGACUGGUUCGACGUCGACGACCCCACCGUCACCGGGGACUGGGAGUACCUCUCUGUCGUCAACACGCUCAACCCCGGGGAGGCCUGCGCCAAGGCUUCCGGCAUCCAGGUCAAGACCACCGCCGGCAACGUGCCCGCGGGGCUGACCGGCGAGAGCUUCCACCGCUUCGGACCCGCUCCGGGAUUCGUCUGCCGGAAGAAUCCGCCGGGUCCGGAAAAUACCCCGGCACCCUACACCUGCCGCGACUACGAAGUGCGCUUCAAGUGCCCCUGAUUUGCUGACGUAGUGCCUCAGUGCACCAAAUUUGAUGACGCUUUGAGAUACACGCGCACACACACACACACACACACACACACACACACACACACACACACACACACACACACACACACACACACACAUACGCACACACACUUGAUUAGCUCACUACUUAGCUUAAUCAUGUAUACA